AACAUGGUCUGAAAAGUUGUGUCAUGGAAUCUCUAAAUUGAUUGGACGCUGGGGCCCACCCAUAGUUUUUUUCGAACCGGGAUCAAUCUAAAUAAGGCUGCAUGCAGCCUUCUUCCUCGCGUGUCGCCCAUCCCCCCCCAUUCUGCGAUUUCUUCACAAUUUUCCUCUGUUUUUUCUUUCUUUUUUCUUCCUCUUCGCUGCAAGCUUCUCCUCCUCCAAUCUCCUCCAAUCUCUGGCCAACCAUUGAGGAAAAAUUGACAGCUGAAUAUGCUACUAGACAAGAAGAAGAAGGAUUUGACCCUACAAUACCUCAUGGAUAUAAGUGUGAGUACAUCUAGACGAGAACCAUUCAGGCCACCUAUUAUAGGACAGUCUAAUAGGGUUAUCAAAUUACAGCAAACUAUUGAAUCAUUGAAGGCAGAUAAUCAUAGCCUUCGACAAACACAAAUGGCCCUUUUAGCAGAUAAUGAUAGCCUACGGCAGCAACAGUCGACCCUUGUGACACAGAUGCAGCAACUCUACUAGCAUUUAGGGAUGACCCUAGCGGAUAUCAGUGGGACAGUCACCCCAAGGACACCCCUAGAUAUUUAGGUUUUUCAUAUUUUAAUUAAAUAUUUGUAUUGACUUUAUAUUUGUAAUAGAUAUUGGAGACUUAU